AUGCGCGCACGAUAUGCUUCCUGUAUUAUCCACCUUUACACGGGAAAAGGGAACAUCUUCGUGGUUGGAGGACGGACCGCUCAGCAAUGGGGGUUGAAGACUGUCACGGAAUUCAAAGUGAAGGAACGGCAGUGGCGAAAGCGUGCGCCUCUCACCGUUCGACGCGAAAGUCAUGCAGCCGCAGUCAUAAAGCUGGGUGGACAGAAGACACUGCUUGGCGUUUUUGGUGGAGAAUUCGAGGAAGAGGACAACUGGACGAAACUGUGCUCUUGUGAAGUCUAUGACGUCACGCGGGACAGGUGA